AUGCGAAAAGCCCAGAAGGCAAAAACUUACACAUACCCUUUGGGAUUGAAAUCUAAUCAACGCUCCAGUGAUAAGCAAAUCACGACCGUCCGUGUCAUUGAUCUCGCUCUAGGAGCUGAAGAGAAGAAAAUGUUGUUGAGCUCCAUCUUUCUUUCAGCUCCAGCUCCAGCGAAAUCAAGAAAAAGUCUAGAGAGGUGCUCGCACUCUCUGAGGCUGAAAGCUGGGCGGUACUCGCAAGAUCUACAACAGAACCUUGAAGAUCAAGAGUUUCUCACCAGCUCCGUCAAAUCUCCUACUCCAGAGGAAGGAAAGCCCAAGAGAAAACGUCGCAAGGCCGCAAAAGGUGUCGCAAUAUUAGAUACUUCCAAUUCGGAUAAGCCUCAGAAGCAUCAUCAAGACCAAGACAAUGCUCCCGACACUGUGGCUUCGCCAGCUCUGGAGGAUAACAAAGGCAAGAAGAAUGGUGAGCGUAGGGACUUUAGAGCAGGAUAG